AUGAUCAAUCCGACAUACCUCGCUCAGAGGACGCGGUCCUCGGCCAAUUGGAACGAUGCCAAACGGCGGGUCCUCAGUUCAUACCGGGACUGGCUUCGCGCUGCACCGGAAAUCCAGUCCAUGUACUCUCUCAACAUACCCGUCUCACGAAUCCGCACCAAGACACGACAAGAAUUCGAGAGGCACCGAUAUGUAGCACAGCUUCCCGUAAUCGAUGUGCUGCUGUUUCAAUCGCACGUGGAGUACCAGGAAACCCUCAACUACUGGAAGCAGCUUACACAUAUCUUGAAGUACUUCCGCGCAGAGGAGGAUCCAAAAGCGAGACUGCCGCAGAACUUCAUCAACGGGUUCUUGGAGGUAAGCUCCCCUGCCUGGGCCAACGCCUGCGCACCGCCGUACUGA